CACAUAAGCCACUGGCCAGUCUCGUCUGUUGUAUCUUAAGCGAAGGAUCUUGUUUGAAUAAAUAUGGUGUCGCGGAUUGUGGUUCUCUGUAUGGUAGUGAGAUUGGCGUGUGGCGCCACAUGGAUAUCACAACAACCUGUCAAACCACCGGAGCAUGCCCACAAAGAGGGAUGUUAUAUAGAAGAAAUCGAUGAUGUCAUACCAUUUGGUCAGGACGUUUCACCUAUUGGCGUGUGCUAUCGAAUAGAAUGCUCAGGCUAUCAACUCACAUAUGCUUCAUGUGGUGUUGUUUACACAGAAGAUCAAAAUUGUUACAAAACUGAAAUAGAUCUUAAAAGACCCUACCCGGAGUGUUGCCCAGAUAUCAAAUGUGAAGUGGAAAAUAAAAUAUAGUAUUUAGUAGACUGACUGUAACUUAAUUGUAGUCAGUGUUGACAUUUAGAUGAAGAUAACAUAAGCUUAAUAUAAAUAGUGUUAGUACUAAAAAAAACAGAAAGAACAAUGCAUAUUUUUAAUUUGAAUGUAAUUAUUAUUCCUCAGUCAUUACUUGUGAUUCGAUCAGUACACAUAUCAGAAAAUUUUCGUUAAAGUAUCAUUAAUUUGUUUUUUUUCUCAAUCAAAGAAUUUAUUUAUAUAUAAGUGUAGUCCGUGUAUAUAUUUCUUUUAUGUUAUACAUUAUCGAAUGUGUCAACAUUGUAUGGAUAGAGUUCCUUGUAGAAGAGUCAUAGAUGGAAUGUUUUAGUCGCCGACUCGAGAAGCUAUCUUGCCGCCAAAUUGUUAUUAUUUAUUUAAUUAAAUUAGUUGUUCAAAUUUUA